CCUGUCAGUGAAGAAGAAAAAGGAGUUUACACGUGUUUAGCCAGCCUAGACAGAUAUUUUGAGUAAUUGUUUCAGAUGUGGUUUUCUGGAUUUUAAAGUGAAAUUAAACGAAGUAAAAAUGCCGAAGGUCAAGGCGGAGAAGAGGAGCAGACAGCACCAAGAAGUUAAAAACCAGGGGAUCAUGUUUAACACCGGCAUCGGUCAGCACAUCCUGAAGAAUCCAUUGGUUGUCAAUGGGAUCAUUGAGAAGGCUGCCUUGAGGCCGACAGAUGUGGUUCUGGAGGUGGGACCUGGUACUGGUAACAUGACAGUGAAGUUGCUGGAAAAAGCCAAGAAGGUGGUGGCCUGUGAGUUGGACUGCAGAUUAGUGGCUGAACUUCAGAAAAGAGUUCAGUGCACACCCAUGCAGACCAAACUUCAAGUAUUAGUUGGAGAUGUACUGAAAACAGAUUUGCCAUUCUUCGACGUCUGUGUGGCUAAUUUACCUUACCAGAUUUCAUCACCGUUUGUCUUCAAGCUCCUGCUGCAUCGACCUUUCUUCAGGUGUGCCGUGUUGAUGUUCCAGAGAGAGUUUGCCAUGAGACUGGUCGCCACACCUGGAGACAAGCUGUACUGCAGACUGUCCAUCAACACACAACUGCUGGCUCGGGUUGACCAUCUGAUGAAGGUUGGGAAGAAUAAUUUCCGUCCUCCCCCAAAAGUGGAGUCGAGUGUCGUCAGGAUAGAACCGAAAAAUCCUCCUCCUCCAGUUAACUUCCAGGAGUGGGACGGCCUGGUCAGAAUAGCCUUUGUGCGUAAAAACAAAACCCUCAGCGCAGCUUUCAAGUCCACUGCAGUAGAACAACUUCUGGAAAAGAACUACAGGAUUCACUGCUCUGUACAUAAUGUGGAAGUCCCAGCAGACUUCAGCAUCAGCAAGAAGAUUGAGAGCGUUUUGCAGGAGGCUGAUUUCUGUGAGAAGAGAGCCAGGUCCAUGGACAUUGAUGACUUCAUGGUGCUGCUUCAUGCAUUCAACUCUGCAGGGAUCCACUUUUCUUAAACAGCUGAGGACACUGAAGAAAGCUGUCCUGUGACUCUUAUGUUCUGCCUUGAUGAGAGGGGAGAAGUUAGUGGUCAGAGGAGUGGAAAGUAAUAAUGUCAGCUUUACUUGGACGAACUGAAUUUCAAAUGUUGAAAUAGCGGUUGGAUGAAAUGUGCCAAGAAUAUUGGAGGACAGCUCAUAUUGAGUUUGCUAUUUUACCCUUAUGAGUAUAGAUCAAGUGUUCCUGGGCAUGCAUGGCCAGCUUUGAUAGAUAAAAGCUGUGUAAAGCCCUCUCGGUGGUUGAGGGACUGUCACUGUGUGUGUGUGCGUGUGUGAUAGUUUGUCUUUCAUUGAAAAUUACCUGUAAUGAAUGAUUAAUCUAGAUACAAUCUACAGUUUUUCUAAACUACAUCAAAAUGACCUACUUGUGGAAAAGGUUAAUAUUUAACAAGUGUAGAUUUUUGAGAGUGUGCAGUCUUAAAAUAAAUUCAGAUUGUCC